AUGUCGGCCGAAGAGGAUCUGAUCGACUACUCGGAUGACGAGCUCAACAACGAGUCCACCGGCCCCUCCGCCAAUGGCAAGAAGGCCGACGCGGCUGCGUCCACACAGAAUGUCGAUAAGAAGGGCUCCUAUGUCGGCAUCCACUCGACGGGUUUCCGUGACUUUCUCUUGAAGCCCGAGCUUCUUCGCGCCAUUGCCGAUUGCGGUUUCGAACAUCCGUCGGAGGUUCAGCAGACAUGCAUUCCUCAAGCUAUGCUCGGCGGCGACAUUAUCUGCCAGGCGAAGUCUGGUCUCGGCAAGACGGCCGUCUUCGUUCUGACCACCCUGCAGCAAGUCGAGCCUGUGCCUGGCGAGUGCUCUGUCCUCGUCAUGUGCCACACUCGCGAACUGGCAUUCCAAAUCCGCAACGAGUACAACCGCUUCAGCAAGUACAUGCCAGAGAUCAAGACUGGCGUCUUCUACGGCGGAACUCCGAUCCAGAAGGAUGCCGAGAUCCUCAAGAACAAGGACACCCACCCACACAUUAUCGUCGGCACUCCCGGCCGUCUGAACGCCCUUGUUCGGGAGAAGUAUUUGCGCCUUGGAAGCGUCCGGAUGUUUGUCCUCGAUGAAUGCGACAAAAUGCUCGACCAGAUCGACAUGCGUCGCGAUGUCCAGGAGAUUUUCCGUGCUACUCCUCAACAGAAGCAGGUCAUGAUGUUCUCGGCCACUCUGUCCGAUGAGAUCAAGCCGAUCUGCAGGAAGUUCAUGCAGAACCCGACCGAGCACUACGUCGAUGAGGAUACCAAGUUGACGCUGCACGGUCUGCAGCAGUACUACAUUGCUCUCGAGGAGCGCGAGAAGAAUCGGAAGCUCAACGAGCUGCUCGAUGAGCUCCAGUUCAACCAGGUCAUCAUUUUUGUCAAGAGCACUCUCCGUGCUACUGAGCUCGACAAGCUUCUGCGCGAGUGCAACUUCCCCUCGAUUGCAGUCCACUCCGGUAUCAGCCAGGAGGAGCGCAUUCGCCGGUAUAAGGAGUUCAAGGAGUUCAACAAACGCAUCUGCGUCGCUACGGACGUGUUUGGUCGUGGCAUCGACAUUGAGCGCAUCAACCUCGCCAUUAACUAUGACAUGCCCGCGGAUGCCGACUCAUACCUUCACCGUGUCGGCCGUGCUGGUCGUUUCGGUACCAAGGGUCUCGCUAUUUCAUUCGUUAGCUCCGACCAGGAUCGGGAGGUGCUCAAGGCUAUCGAGAAGCGGUUCGAAGUGGCUCUUCCUGAGUUCCCUAAGGAAGGCGUCGACGCCUCCACCUACAUGGCUUCGUAA